AUGCAUGCAGUUGAACAGAAAGUCCACGAAUUUGCUGCACAUGUUGGCUUGAAUAUUCCGAGAAACGCUUCCCCUACACUGCCAAACGUAAAAGCUCAAUGUAGCUUGAACAUCGGCGUAUCAGGAAUGCAAUCAUCUACCGAGCGCUUCAGAUAUCAGCUGUGGCCUAGUCUGAAAAAGACAGCAGCAGCGGAGGGACGACGCACACCCGAUCUGAGUGACUUGAAAAAGAACCCAUUCAAGGAGGGUGGAACACUCCACCGGCGCCGUAAGAUCAGUGUCCCAGAGCUUGGGCUCAUGACAACCGUUCAGGAAACGUUCGUGGAUUCACCCACGAUACCUGGUAAAUUUCCUAGCCAUGAGCGGUCAAAUAGUGCUCCAGGAACAUCUUGGGGUCGGGGCACCUUUGGAAAUUCUGCUCUAGAUCCUGUCGGAGAGCCACCAAGUGCCUCUAAAGAAUCGUUUGGAAAAGUAAUUGGCCGAUCUGCUUUAGAUGAUUGCGGACAUAAGUCAGGUAAAAGGACUUCCUCGCUCUUGCUCCCCAAUGCACUAGAUGCAUAUCCUUUGGCAGUAGAUGUGAUAGAAACAUCAAAGGCCAGCUCGCCUAUAAAAAGUUUAGAACAAAACACAUCUAAAGAGGAAGAGCCACCUGCAGUGCCCCCGAAAUCUCCUCGACUUGGUCUUCGGAUCCCACCAACGGAGCCAAUGACCAAUUAUUCCAAUUCCAGCCCAAGCUCCUUUGAUACCACAUUGGCAAUGGCAACAAAUUGUGCUCCAGCAGAUAAUUCUUAUGCAAGUGGCUUCAUAUCUCCAUUAAAAACGAAGAAAUCCGGAACGAACCUGGCUUCACUUGAAUCGGCACACCCUUCCACCACACAGAUUUUACCAGGAACGGGCAGACAGUCAUCGCUUCAUACGAGGAACAGGAGUGCUGGGGUAUGCCAAACAUAUCAGAACACGAACAUGCCUGCACCGAUACUACACAGGAAAUAUUCGAUGCCAUUGAGACAGCAACAAAACUUCUCUCCAGACUCAAUGAGUUGGGGCCAACCCCCAAGGAAUGAGUCCCCAAUCGACAGUCCCCAGGCUCAACACGUCAAAAAGGAACCAAUAGAAGAUGGAUGUCUCAUCCUUCCAGCAGGUAUCCCCGCACACACAGCGCCGAAAUUGCUUUCCCAAUACGAAAUUGAAAGAUUGAGAAUCCAAGCACGGGAACAAGCGACACGAUUUGAGGUGCUGAAGUACUCAGAAGUCAGAUCGCUUUCCAGGGAAUUGCGAGCGCUCGAUAAAAGAUGCAAUUAUCUCCGGGAAACUCAUAUAUCUUUGCGGUCAGGGCGACACAGCCUACACAAACGCAUGAUCUCAUACCUAAAGUCACCCCGAGUAUCCAAAUUUACAAGGGAGGGAAUCUUAAAGCAAGAAGAGGCUCUCUCCGAACUUGAUCAAUCCAUCGACGAAUGGGUCUUUAAGUUGGAUCAAGCUGAAAAUAGAAGGAACCGUGUUCGCCAGAAGUUACUUGAACAUAUAGCUGGUGCGCUGUUACUCCGAAACUCAUAUUCUGAAGACGAUAUUUUGGGCGACGAUCAGACACCACCUCGAAGUCCCAGCAAGAUGGAUUCUCCGCCAAGCAGUAGAUGCAGGGACGUAGAGUCGAUCAAGGUAUACGCAGAUGCCGAGCUGCGUACCUUGUUUGCCAACAUUGAAAAGGAGAUGGAGAGGAUGGCAAACUCCGAUACGUCGACUUCACUCACGACCGAAGUGGGUGCUUAA